UCGCCCCGCCCCCCCAGUUUCCGCGCGCCUCUCUGGCAGCUGGUCACAUGGUGCGGGUGGGGGUGAGGGGCCCGCUCUAGCCCGCGGCCUGUGUCUAUGGUCCGGCCCGCAGCGUCCAGCUGCCCCAGGCCGAGUUCUGGUGUAUGGCUCCGCGGGAACCGGCUCCGAGGCCCCAGCUCUUAGCCUGGCGUGGGGGUCGGCCCUGAUCCGAGAAUGGCUACCUCUCGCUAUGAGCCAGUGGCUGAGAUCGGCGUUGGUGCCUAUGGGACCGUGUACAAGGCCCGUGACCCCCACAGCGGCCACUUCGUGGCCCUCAAGAGCGUGAGAGUGCCCAAUGGAGGAGGAGCUGGAGGCGGCCUGCCCAUCAGCACAGUGCGAGAGGUGGCCCUGCUUCGGCGGCUGGAGGCGUUCGAGCAUCCCAACGUGGUCCGGCUGAUGGACGUCUGUGCCACUUCCCGAACCGACCGGGAGAUCAAGGUGACCCUAGUGUUUGAGCAUGUAGACCAGGACCUCAGGACGUACCUGGACAAGGCACCACCACCAGGCUUGCCAAUCGAGACCAUCAAGGAUCUGAUGCGCCAGUUUCUAAGAGGCCUAGAUUUUCUUCACGCCAACUGCAUCGUUCACCGAGACCUGAAACCAGAGAACAUUCUGGUGACAAGUGGUGGGACAGUCAAGCUGGCGGACUUUGGCCUUGCCAGAAUUUACAGCUACCAGAUGGCCCUUACACCAGUGGUGGUCACGCUCUGGUACCGGGCCCCCGAAGUUCUUCUGCAGUCUACAUAUGCAACACCGGUGGACAUGUGGAGUGUCGGCUGCAUCUUUGCAGAGAUGUUUCGUCGCAAACCUCUUUUCUGCGGGAACUCUGAAGCUGACCAGUUGGGCAAAAUCUUUGACUUGAUCGGGCUGCCUCCAGAGGACGACUGGCCGCGCGAUGUGUCUUUACCCCGAGGAGCCUUUUCUCCUAGAGGGCCUCGCCCAGUGCAGUCGGUGGUGCCUGAGAUGGAGGAGUCUGGAGCACAACUGCUGCUGGAAAUGCUGACGUUCAACCCGCACAAGCGCAUCUCUGCCUUCCGAGCCCUGCAGCACUCUUACCUCCGGAAGGAGGAAGGUGACCCAGAGUGAGCAGUGCAGUGGCUGCCACAGAAGGGAGGGGUGCUGCCGUCUCCCUUCCGGACACUUGAGUGGAGCGAGUCCCCACUGAAGAGGAGAGCUCCGCCGUCGUCUCUGAGGCUGUGGUGCUCCUGCGAUUUUUUACAGAGAAUAUUUUGUUGCCUUAAUGACAUUCCCCACCCACCCUCCUUUUGAGGCUUAUCCUUCUCCGUGCCCCAUUUCUCUACACUAAGGGGUAUAUCUCUUCCCCCACCUUACCUUGAUGCUGGUCCUUUUUUAUACAGGAAAACAAAACAAGACAAAGAAA